AUGGCUGACAAAAACCAGGAAAAAAUUAUUUCUCUUGAAAUGGACAAAGCAGAGUACUAUUUAAGAUUUCAAAAUAUAGAAGAAGAGAAAGGAGAGAACUUGGCAGAAGUGAUGGUGGAGAUACUGGCAGAAGUGCUGGAGGAACCCAAGGAAAAGAUAUUAAAUGGGAUUGAUGAGAUAUACCGAGUGCAUACUCAAUAUGCAAUGACAAAUAAACUGCCAAGAGAGAUGCAUGUUCAUUCUUUUCUGAGAAGUGUCAGAUUCAACAACAGUGUUGGUGAAAAGAUCUCCUUUGAUAAAAAUGGAGAAUUCAUUGGUGGAUUUGAUAUUAUCAACUGGGUCACAUUCCCAAAUCAGUCUUUUGCAAGGAUUAAAGUUGGAAUGGUAGAUCCCACAGCUCCAGCAGAGAAGUUCUUCAAUAUUUCUGUAAAUUCCAUCACAUGGCCAGAAGAUUUUAAUCAGGCAGUACCUUUAUCUUUGUGUAAUGAUCCUUGUGAGACAGGACACAGCAAGGCCAAGAAAGAAGGAGUGUUGUUUUGUUGCUAUGAUUGCCGUCUAUGUCCAGAGGGAAAAAUAUCAAAGGAGAAAGAUGUAGAUGACUGCUCUCCAUGUCCAGAAGAUCAAUAUCCAAAUCCAGGAAAAAAUAUGUGCAUUCCAAAGCGGAUCACCUUUUUGUCCUAUGAAGAACCUUUAGGGAUCAGUCUGACUGUCCUUUCCCUUUGUUUUUCUUCAAUGACAUCCAUGGUCAUCACAAUCUUCACGAAGCAUAAAGAUACUCCCAUCGUCAAAGCCAACAACCAAAAUCUCACUUAUAUACUUCUAGUUUCCCUUCUCCUCUCUUUCCUUUGUGUUUUUCUAUUUAUUGGGAGGCCCAAUACGAUUGUGUGUCUCCUUCGACAACCAGCUUUUGGCCUUAUCUUUUCUGUGGCAGUUUCUUGUGUCUUAGCCAAAACCUUUGUUGUGGUUCUAGCAUUCAUGGCUACCAAACCUGGUUCCAGACUGAGGAAAUGGGUUGGGGGAAGGAUGGUCAGUUUCAUUCUUCUAUCCUGUUCCCUUGUUCAAAUAUGUGUUUGUGCUGCAUGGCUGAUAACAUCCCCACCAUAUCCAGAUUUUGAUGCACAUUCAGUACCUGAAGAACUUAUCCUGGAGUGCAAUGAAGACUCGGUCAUGUUCUACUGUGUUUUGGGCUUUAUGGGUUUUCUUGCUCUGCUUAGCUUCUCUGCAGCUUUUCUAGCCAGGAAGUUACCUGACAGUUUCAAUGAAGCCAAAUUCAUCACCUUCAGCAUGUUGGUCUUCUGCAGUGUUUGGCUGUGCUUUAUUCCAACCUAUCUAAGCACAAGGGGAAAAUAUACGUUGGCUGUGGAGAUCUUUUCCAUGAUCUCCUCCAGUGCUGGAUUAUUGGUGUGCAUCUUUUUUCCCAAGUGUUUUAUCAUUGUGAUGAGACCUGAACUGAAUGAUAAACACCAGCUCAUGAAGAGAAAGUUUUAAGAAACCUUUAUGUUUGCCUGAUAUUCUUUAUAGAUACAUGUUGGAGAAAUUCACCACAUUUAAGCUAGAGAACAAUGUACAGAGACAGUGAUGUUCUAUGUUUUCCCAUCCUCUGAGAUUUGGAUAGCUUGGAAGGUUUUGUUUUUGGAAGGCAAUUAUAACUAAGGUCUAUAAAAAGAUAAAUUACAGCACAAAUUAAUGUAUUGACAUAAUUACUGGCAUUAUAGAUUUAUUGACAUAUUUUAGUAUGUUAUGGUGAGCUCUGAUUAAAUGUAUUGAUUAAAUAUGAAUUGUA